GAUCAGCCAUGAAGACCCUCAUCCUCCUUGCUCUCCUGGGAGCCGCUGUCGCUUUUCCCGUUGACGAUGAUGACAAGAUCGUCGGGGGCUACACCUGUCAGAAGAACUCUGUUCCCUACCAGGUGUCCCUGAACUCUGGCUACCACUUCUGCGGAGGCUCCCUCAUCAAUGACCAGUGGGUGGUGUCUGCAGCCCACUGCUACAAAUCCCGAAUCCAGGUGCGUCUGGGAGAACACAACAUUGAUGUCAUUGAAGGCAGUGAGCAGUUCAUCAACUCAGCCAAGGUCAUCCGCCACCCCAAGUACAGUGCAAGCACUAUUGAUAAUGACAUCAUGCUGAUCAAACUGAACACACCUGCCACCCUGAGUGCUCGAGUAUCUGCUAUCUCUCUGCCAAGAUCCUGUGCAGCUGCUGGCACUCAGUGUCUCAUCUCCGGCUGGGGCAACACCAUGAGCAAUGGCUACAACUACCCUGAGCUCCUGCAAUGCCUGAAUGCUCCCAUCCUCUCCGACAGUGUUUGCCGCAAUGCCUACCCUGGUGAGAUCACCAACAACAUGAUCUGCCUGGGCUAUCUGGAAGGUGGAAAGGAUUCCUGCCAGGGUGACUCUGGUGGCCCUGUGGUCUGCAAUGGAGAGCUCCAGGGCAUUGUCUCCUGGGGUUAUGGCUGUGCUUUGAAAGGCAAGCCUGGAGUCUACACCAAGGUCUGCAACUACGUGAGCUGGAUUCAGCAGACCAUUGCUUCCAACUAAACACCUUCAUUUCUUAUGACCCAUCCCAUGUCAGUCAAUUCAUCAUCCUCCUAUGCCUAAAAGCCGUCCUUAAAUAAAACAUUUCUUC